AAUGGCUUAGAAGGGGUCAGAGAAGAGCUCAAGAAGAUGUGGAGGGUGAAGGUCCCAGUGGUAAUCGGAGCCCUCCCAGUCUCUGAAGAGCACAGUCCCAGGAACAGCCAAGAUUCUGCGCAGGACCCUCAAGGCCUCUGGUAGAGGACCCGGGCUGGAAGGAUGGAGAAUGUCUAUCAUGUUACACAGAUUGCCGAUGACAAAGGCCCUGUUGGAUCCGCUCUGAGCGCUGAUUACUCGAUUAAAACCAAAGCACUUGUAACCGUGUUACAGAACGAGGCCAGAUUAGCAGGAUCAGCAGUGAUCUGUGGGUGUGCCAACCUAACGUCUCCAAAUUCUGGAGAAGUUACGCCCACAUGUGAGCUUUACUGCUGUGCCCAACUUUCCUUCGUCUCAGUUCACGCAGCACAGCCGUCGUCUUAUUCCAAAGGGUGGAGCGCAGGGUGGCGCAUGUCUGAGUCUGUCUGUCUGCAGAUGUCUCUGAGUGAGAAAAGCGAUGAGGAGCUCGGCAACUUGCUCUCUCAGUAUGGCAUCAAACAUGGACCCAUCGUGGGCUCCACUCGGCAUCUGUAUGAGAGCAAGCUUGGAAAGGCGAUGGAGCAGGCUUCAGUGAAGACGUCCUCUGAUAAGACCUACUACAGAGAGGAAGAGGAAGAAGUUACCUACAUCACAUACCACAGUGCAGCUACACGUAAGCGCUCUGCCAACACUAAACCUGAAAGGGCAGAUCGUUGUUGUUUACCCAGAUGUCAGUCAGUCUUAACCUGCAGGGUGAAGCGAAGCACUGAGCAACAUGGAGUUGAGAGACCAGACGCUGACACAGAGGCUGCCGUGCAGGUCACCUACAGCUCCACCAAUCACACAUCUGUACGAUCAGGGGAGCCCACUGGAGACAAGUCCACAGGAAGCCUGUGGAAGAUGAUUCUGGUGCUGCUGCCUUUAGCUGUGUUAUCAGCUGUGUGCUACUAUGCCUACGCCUACAUCGUGUGAUGAACAGUGGAAGUUGUUCAUUCGGGAAUCAUUUUCCUUUGGAUGGAAGGAUUGUUCUAUCGAUGUCACAUCGAGACUCUAUUUUUGUGCUUCACCACUUUUUACUUGGACUCUGCUACAGUAGCUUCACAUUCUGCUGUCCAACUUUAAAGCCAAAGCUUCUAGUGACCAGCCAGUUUUGAUUUUUUACAACUGUAAUACUGUCGAUUAUGUUAUUGUUAAUACAGAAAAAAAGUGGGACUGUCAGGUAAUAUCUGCACUGACCUUGUAGAUCAUUUCCAGUUGCAGUUAUUAUUCCUCUGCUAGAGUCAUUUUACACGAUUCACAGUUGAAAAUAAUACUUAUCUGUUACUGGCCUUUGGUGCAGCUCCCCAGCUCAUCUUCUGUCUGAAACAUCUGUUUUAGCUCCUCUAACAUUAAAGCCAUCCAUGUAUCCUUUUUCUUAUCUAAUUCAGGGUCACGGGGGGCUGCAGCAUACCAUAACCCUUAUCUAAUUAGGAUGCCCAUCUUCAGUAGGAAUGUCAGAAACUACUCCCACUAACUGAUCGUUAAUCUCUUAAAAAAAUAAAUUUCUUAUAUAUAAUUGUUGAA